AUGUUGUUUGAUUCCUUCGCAGAAUUUGGAAAUCCAGACAUACUUGUAACGGAUAAUGGUCCUCAAUUCACUUCCGCUGAAUUCCAAUCCUUCCUCACCAAUCAAGGGGUAAGAUUCCACAGAAGAAUCGCACCCUACCACCCAAGUACAAACGGACAAGCAGAACGAUAUGUGCAAUCAGUGAAACAAGCUCUCAAAGCUAUGAAUGCUACUCCAAAGACACUUCGGCUCUGCUUAAACAAAUUUUUAAUGCUCUAUCAUCGUGCUCCUCAUCAAACCACUAAAGUUCCUCCAUCAUCUCUUUUCUUAAGCAGAAUCAUAAGAACAAAACUUGACAUCAUCUCACCACUCUCUGAAUCACACUUCAGUCCUACAGAGGAAAAUCUCGAAGAAUGCUCCUCCUCAAUAGACCUCAAGAAUCCGUCUGUUUCAAGUCAAGCCUCUCCAAAAGGUUCUCUUCGUUCUUUCCAAGCUGGAGAUACGGUUCUUUUUCGAACAUAUAAUUCAAAAAUCAAGUGGUUAAAGGGUACAAUCGCAGUUAAACUAGGCAAACUUCAUUAUUAUGUUGAUCAUCAAGGCACUCAACAUAAACGUCACAUCGACCAACUUCUACCUUUUCACUCCAACUCUACCUCCUCAGUACAACCUCGUCGAAUAAGAUUUCUUGAUGACACCGCAAUCACACGCUGA